UCACUAACACAUGCACACCGACAAAAUAAAUAUACACUUAAAACGUCAAUUAAAUCAAUGAUGGCCGAAAAAUAUACUUCGGAGAUAUUAGGUAUUGUUAUAGCUCAAAUAGCUCAAACAAUUGGCUAUAGCAGGACUCAGAGUGCCCCCUUGGAAUUGCUAGAGGACAUUUUACAACGAUUUAUCCAAGAACUCGCCCGCGAUCUACAUAGUCAAGCCGAGCACGCAAACCGCGUUGAGCCCAAUCUAAAGGAUGCACUUCUCAGCCUAAGGAAUUUAAACAUAAACGUACACGAAUUGCUUGACUAUAUUGGAAAUGUUGAGCCAAUCCCAUUUGUACGGGAAGUGCCAGCGUACCCCGUCAAAAGAAGCUCAAAUAUGAAUUUCCUAAAACCUGGCAGUGCGGAGACUCUGACGCGACCAGUCCACAUAUUCGAGUACUUGCCACCGAUGCUGCCCACAGAACCAACUGCAGUCUCCUCCACAAGAUGGCCCGACAAAGCAUCUGACCAGCAACAUCUCCAACUAUGUAAACUGGAGUCAAAUCGAGAGGCUGCACUCACAUUUGGCCAUAAAACUGCGGUUAAGCUAUUGCAAGAUGUCAAAACUGAUUUUGGCGCGACUGGAAUACAAAAAUACGAUUCACCGAUCGCGUCGACAUCAAGAGAGAACUUGGAUCACGAUGGUCACGCGAUACGAGAAAUUAGUAGCGUAGUUAUGACAACUGGAGGCUUUAUUUCGCCAGCAAUAGAGGGAAAAUUGCCCGAAGCAUAUGUGCCCGAUAUUAUUGAUAAAUUCAAAGGACUGGAUGCACCGUCCAUUUCGCCACCAGCGCCUAAAACUCCGGAAACCCAAAAAUAUUCCGCUAACGAUGUCGUUGACGUUCCAGUUAUAAAAAGAAUGGCCUCUUUAGAGGCCAUACCACAUUCUGUAGAAAAUGUUCCCGUUUUUAAUGAUCCAAUUACACCAAAUAACUUGCAGGAAGUCAACACGGCUUUGAAAGCUGGUACUCCAUCGGUUCCAGCACUAUCAAACCUUAAAGUGAAAAAGAAUAAAAAGAGAAAUUUGGUAAGCGGAGGCCGGCCAAAUGAUCAAACAGGAGAUCUUAGUUCAAUAAAGGCACAGGAGAAGGCCCAGCGAAAAGCUUUAAAAAUAUAUCAGAAGUUGUCAAAGAAUCAAGUUGACGGCGGCGGCGGCGGCAACAUAAUCGAACUCAAAAAAUCGAUGAAAAACUUAAAUCGCGGCAUGUUGUCGGCUUUGCCGGACGGCUCAACUGAGAGGCUGCAGCUAGAAAAAUUGAUUAGAAAACAAACGAAGCAACGUCAGAAGCACCUAAAGAGCCAAAAGCAACAGCGGCAAUUACAACCCAAGCUAGGCAAAGCUAGUGCAAUCAAUCCCAUAGCCUUGGUUCCCGAAUCCAGUGCAGAUCUUGAGCCAUCUUUAGUACCAUUCGCACACCCAUUGGUAUCCUCCAGUACGACAGCAGCGGCAAAUGUUGUUGGUUUGGUCGAAAAUAAGGAAAUAUUUCAAACCAAUUUGGCUGAAACCUCCAAAGAAAUAGCGAGCACCAUUGCGGAUGCUUCGCUGACCGAGGAAAUUAAACUUGCGAGCGAACCGGACCGAAACAAAUUAAAUAUUUUUAAAAAAAUAUCAAAACAAAAGGCGCCCAAACCAGUAUCGCCAAACACACUAAUUGUUGGCACAAAUCUCUUCGAAAGUCCCAGUAACAAUGUAUCGCCAUUGAUAACACUCCCAUCCGGAACAACCAUAACGCCAGCUCCGCCGGCUGGCGCCACUGAAAAUGUAAAUAUGCCCAGUCUGCACAGUCUGGGCAUGUCCGUGAGUAAUAGUAGCAUGGCCACAUACGAUUUUAUGCAGCCUCAUGGACACUUAUCAACUGUGUCUCCAACGGCUGCCAAUCUAAUGGCCAUUGGUAUGAAUAAGCCGAGAAAACGCGGUCGUAAGCCAGGUGGCAAAAAUCAAUUCAGGACUAUCGCACCGCUAACUAGCCUCGCACCAACAAUACCCAUUCAAUCGCCAAAGAAAACAAAGUCCGCUAAAUUAAAUACAUAUAAUGCAGCGGACGCGUCUAUAAUUGACAAUUCAGCAACUUCUUUACCCUUACCGAUGGAGCCACUAAAUUUGAGCCACGUCGAUCAAUUGAGGAGCAACAAUUUUUUGGGCUUUCUCGGUGAUGUCAGCGUUGGAAAUGCAGCCGAAUCAACGGCUAAUAGCGCAUUCAGUGAAACGAGCGCUACAAACCUGAAAUUUCAGAAGACUAAAGAGAAAAAAGAUAGAAAAAAGAGUAAAGCAAAAUAUAUUAAUUUGGAACGCAUUGACACCAAUAAUAUUGUGGACAACAAAAAGCUCUGUUUAAUGGAUACAGAGAAGCAGAUAUCGAAAAAUGCCCCGUUUCAAGCAAAGCUAGAAAUCGGUGACAGCAACAUACAAAUCCCAACAGAUAAGUUUCCUGGAGGAACUAAAAACCGAGCUAUCGACGCAUCACCGCCGUUAAUUGGUAGUAAUAGGCUUGUGGCCAGCGCUGGACCGUCAAGUUUCAACCCAAAUUCAACAAUAUUGCAUCCAAAUAGUCCAGCGAAUAUGAUGCCAAUACUGCCGCUACUGCAUUUUCCGCCACGUCCCGGCCUAAUACCAUCUGGGCCUGGUCUCUUUGCACCAAACCUAACCGGUUUCAAUAAAACAGCUGCUUGUAGUACGGGCUCUACAAACAUGAUGAUGCCAAACCCAUUUAUGCCAUUUCCAAAUCGGUCCAGGCCCUCGCUUAUGGAGACGCCUGAUAAUAAAGCGGCACUUUUGGGACUGUUGCCGCUUUCGGAUAUCCAUUUGGAGCGAAGCUAUUGUAAUGUGGCUCCUCUGGUGCCCGAUUCGAUGAAAUUGCCAAAUCAGCAGCAAAUCGCAGCCAAUAAACUUCGUUCGCCACAUAGUUUUGCGCCCGAUGCAAAGCUAAGCAAUGAAUACAGCGACAAAGACAUUAGUCACAGUUCGCCCAUUUCGAAUGUAAUGCCUGUCGCCAAGGGAGUUGGACUAUUGGGCAUAAUGGAUGAAGCCCAGACUAACCAAAUAGCUAGAUCUAUUAAAGCAAUCAAGCCUACACCGGCUGCGACAGGCAACGUUGGGGACCCCAUUGAGGUAUCAGAUGAUUCCAACGAUGACGAAUCCAAGGCGGCAAUCAAAGGUCAACCAAUUUCCGGCUUCCCACAAACGCAUGCACUCAAAUCAAGCUUAAUUCAACCAUCGAAUCUAUUAAAUUCUGGACCACUGCAACAGAUUGAAAGCUCGCAUCUAUAUGCCAUGAACGCAUCCGCCUUGCAUUCACCAAUACCUGACGGUAUACAGUUCAAUAAACAAGCCAAGCCAGCAUCGUUGAAAGUUACCCAACCCGAUAGCAAUUUAUCGGCCGCCAUUCCAUCGCCAUUUAACAUAAAUUUCAUGGGCAAUGAUAAAUUUAGCCUAGCCGGCGGCGCCGAUCUUAUACCAUUGUCCCGCGUCGAUAGUGGCAUGGCGUACUCCUCAUUAACCGUACCAGCUACAAGUCUAGCGGCCGGUGCAACAUCCGGAUCGGUGCCGAUUCAUGCGACUUCUGAUGCUCCGGAUCAGCACUUUGUUGGCUCUCUGAAUUAUGACGAUGUCACAAUAACCCCAACCAAUAGUUUGUCCAUAAGUGAACUGAAAAUCCGUAAAAUGCACAAGAAACUUAAAAAGCCGAAAGAAGGCAAAAUCAAAAAGAAGAAGGAUAAAAAAGACAAAGUAAGAAAUAAAGAAAAAUGCGACGAGAGGAAUACUACGCUAAAUGUCGAAAAACCGAAAAGUCAAGACAAGAAGCAAAAAAGGGAUAAAAAAAAGGAAAAACAGGUGCCGCCAGACGAAUUACAGAUUCCCAAAGAAAAUCUGGAAAGCGGUGUUCAUCAAACAAAAUCCAUGGCUUUAGGCUCCGUCGGCGUCCCACCUGGAGACUCUUUGCCAGCAGCAGCAGUGUCCCAAACACCAGUGAUACAUCAUUUGGUGUCACCCAAGUUAGAUCUCUCACCUAACCAGGUGCCGAAACUGACACUUAAACUUAGUGGCACGCCCACUCAAUCGUUAUUUGAGGGCGAUCGUGAGAUAUCAACAAUAUCUGAUUUGACGCCUCAGACUCCAAAUCGGACUAAAAGGGAACCAUCUCCAGAAUUAGCUCGAUUCUCGCCACUUGUCACUAGACCCCCAAAGCCCAAGCAAUGCGAAUCACAAACCUUGAACUUAUCUAUGGCGACAUCGGCUUCUGUUUCUGUGCCCAAUACUAGUAAGCCACAGACAAUUCCAGCCAUGAUGUCGAUGCCGAAUACACAGGCCCCAAUCUUAAGUGCAACUUCACCCAGCUGGAUGUCGAAUCCUUCUACAUCCACAAUAUCAGCUAGUUCUGUUUUAUUGCCACAACAGUUACUGCAUCCAUCAAAGCAGAUCCCAAAAAUGUCAUCGUCUUCUUCCUCCUUGUCCACGACUGUUCCCAGUGUUGUGGCAUCUGUUUCACCAAAACCAUCUGAAGGAUCUCAGACAUUGCCUCCAAAUUCGGAAUUAAACCGACCCUCAUCAUAUGUUGAUGCCGACGGCUAUCGCAUUUGGAUUUGCCCCGCAUGUGGAAAAGUUGAUGACGGCUCUGCAAUGAUUGGAUGCGAUGGCUGCGAUGCAUGGUACCAUUGGACUUGUGUGGGUAUACUUGUUGCUCCAAAUGACAAUGAGGAUUGGUUUUGCCGCGUUUGCAUAACCAAAAAAAAGGUAAAUGGAUCUGAUAAGAAGAAAAAGCGAACCAAAAAGAAAUGAGUUUCUAAUUCAUAAAGUCCACAAAUGAUCACCAGGAAUAAGUUUGAAUUCGUGUAUUAUUUAUGAAUCCCUUAAAGCGUAUAUUCAAACUUUA